CAGACAAACCCGGAGUCUUGGCAAAGCAGAUCCGGUCUGCCUGGGAAACAGAACCAGGGCUGGUAAAAUGUCGUGGCUGGCUGGAAACCGACUUCCUCGGUUGUGCACCUGAGUGACGCAACCUCCUUAGGGUCUUUAGGCAAUCUGAAUUCACCAGACCCAACCACACCCAACGCCCGGGGACCGCGGCAGUCAGUCAUCUGACCAAUCUGGCCUUGGUCAGGUGACAGCGGCGGAGCGCACUUGGCAGAAGACAGAAGGCCAGUCUUGGGAGCUGGUAAAGAAAGUCAGGGACUGUCCUGAGGCCAUGCAGCUCCCAGAGGUCCCCGGACUGGUGCGCAUGCGCCUGGAGCUCCUGCUGCUGCUGCUGCUGCAACUGCUACCGCUCCUGCCUCGAUGCGGGGCCACGAGCCCCCCGCGCUACGACCCCACGUGGGAGUCUCUGGACCGCCGCCCGCUGCCCUCCUGGUUCGACCAAGCCAAGUUCGGCAUCUUCAUCCACUGGGGAGUGUUCUCCGUGCCCAGUUUCGGUAGUGAAUGGUUCUGGUGGUACUGGCAAAAGGAAAAGAGACCCAAGUUUGUGGACUUUAUGAACAAUAACUACCCUCCUGGUUUUAAAUAUGAAGAUUUUGGAGUGCUAUUUACAGCCAAGUAUUUUAAUGCUAACCAGUGGGCAGAUAUUCUCCAGGCCUCUGGUGCCAAAUACGUUGUCUUAACUUCCAAACAUCACGAAGGUUUUACCUUGUGGGGGUCCGACCAUUCCUGGAACUGGAAUGCAGUUGAUGAGGGGCCGAAGAGAGACAUUGUCAAGGAGCUUGAGGUGGCCAUCAGGAAAAACACUGACUUGCGCUUUGGACUGUACUAUUCCCUUUUUGAAUGGUUCCACCCACUCUUCCUGGAGGAUGAAUCCAGUUCAUUCCAGACGCGGCAAUUUCCCAUUUCUAAGGCGCUGCCUGAGCUCUACGAUUUAGUGAACAAGUACCAGCCGGACAUUCUGUGGUCAGAUGGAGAUGGGGGCGCACCGUAUGGCUACUGGAACAGCACAGGUUUCUUAGCCUGGCUGUAUAAUGAAAGCCCAGUUCGGAACACAGUAGUCACCAAUGAUCGCUGGGGAGCUGGUUCCAUCUGCAAGUAUGGUGGCUACUAUACCUGCAGCGACCGAUAUAAUCCUGGACAUCUUUUGCCGCAUAAAUGGGAAAACUGCAUGACAAUAGAUCAGUUCUCUUGGGGCUACAGGCGGGAAGCUGGAAUCCACGAUUAUCUCACAAUCGAAGAAUUGGUGAAGCAACUUGUGGAAACAGUCGCAUGUGGAGGAAAUCUUCUAAUGAAUAUUGGUCCCACACUAGAUGGCAUCAUCCCUGUAAUUUUUGAGGAGCGAUUAAGGCAGAUGGGAACGUGGCUCAAAGUCAAUGGGGAAGCUAUUUAUGAAACACACCCUUGGAAAUCUCAGAAUGACACUGCCACUCCAGGUGUAUGGUACACAUCUAAACCUGAGAAAAAAAUAGUCUAUGCUAUUUUUCUUAAGUGGCCUGUCUCAAGAAAGCUGUUUCUUGAACAACCUGUAGGUAGUCUGGGGGAAACAGAGGUAACACUAUUGGGUCAUGGGAUGAGACUGACCUGGACUUCUUCAAAGCCAAAUGGGAUCAUCGUGACGUUGCCACAGCUAAGCUUUCAUCAGAUGCCCUGUAAAUGGGGAUGGACUCUUGCACUAACAAAUGUGUCUUAACUUGCAGCUGAGUGACAUAUGCCACAGGUACCUCUAACUCUAGGACAUGGCAGGCUUUUUUUUUAAUGGGACAUUAAAGAAAUCAGGGUAAAAAUGAUAAGAAAAAGCAAGACAUUAGGCCACGUAGCCUCCUUUCCCUCUCUUCCUAAAUUCUUUCCUAAGUUGCUCAUGUUACUGUCUGAACAUUUCAGUGCUUUCCUACAAACGCUCCUCUUGCUGAAUUCAUUUCACCCAUGAAUCCCAGGUGGCAAUCCGGUCUAGAGAGCUUAGACUGAAGUUUCUCCCAAGUCCUAUACUUAUACUGUGGCUGUAACUGGAAACAACUAUUAAAGAGAUAAUUAAGACUAAACUGAACCAUAAGGCUAACCCUAAUAAAUAGGAUUUGGUGUCCUGCAAGGAAAAGAGACAACAAAGGUGUAGGAACAUAGGUGAAAGCCAUGAAAAGUGAUGGCAAGAAGGCACCCAUUUGCACGCCAAAGAAGAGUGCAGAAGAAACCAAAUCUCUGAAUAUCUUGGACUUCUGGCCUUCAGUAAUGCGAGAAGAAUAGCUUCCUGUUGUUGUAGCCAUCCAGGGUGUGUUUGAUCUUCCCCACUCACUCUGUUAAUGAAUCCUCAUAUAUAAUACAGGCAGUAUGUAAUGAAUUUGAUUGGGCGUAUGUUUCCAAUAAAUUCAAUAAUUAUU